CUGUUGUGUUCCAUGUAUAUUAAUUGUAAUCUCUCAUAAAUAUAACAUUGUUCUCAAUAGCUCUCUCUGUGAUCAGCGAUAGUAAAAUGAAUUUGGAGAGGUAUGGAAAGCAGACGGUGUUGGUGGGGCCGUGGGGCGGGCAAGAGGGGCAAUAUUGGGACGACGGCGUGUACUCGAGGGUGAGGCAAGUGGAGGUGAGCCAUGGAGAUGUAAUAGAUUCUAUCAGAAUCGAAUACGACAUCAAUGGAAGAUCCAUCUGGUCUGAAAUUCAUGGUGGCACUGGAGGCUCCAAGAUAGAUAAGAUUAGGAUGGAGUAUCCAGACGAGUACCUAACGUGGGUGCACGGAUAUUUCGGGCAUGUGUACGAACGGGGGCCUGUGUUCGUGCGAGCCCUCACGCUCCACUCCAACAUGAGAAGCUUCGGACCUUUCGGAGUGGAACAAGGCACGUAUUUUGCGUUUCCCCAAUUGCAGGGAAGGAUCGUCGGAUUUCUUGGCAAGUCUGGCUGGUUUCUCGACGCCAUUGGAGCUUACAUCGAGCCUCUACAAAACCCUCAUUCUAUUUAUUACUCCACCUCUCAACCAACCCAUACAUAUGAGUAUUCCAUGAUCCAAGGAAGCCUCGGCACCAACUAUGAUCUCAUCCUUGCUCUCAGGCAAAAGGAAAACAAUCGGACCACUUAUAAUCCCACCAAUCUCUCUCCUCCCAACUCUCAAUCAUCCAAAAUUUUUACUAAUCAGAAUGGCGGUGGCGGCACGAGUGAGAAAAUUAUUGAGAGAGUGGCAUCUAAGAAUAUAAGUGGGGUGGUUACGUCGGGGCCGUGGGGCGGCAGCGGAGGGAGCGCGUUUGACGAUGGUGUGUACGACGGCGUAAGACAGAUCAAUCUGUCGCGUAAUGUGUGCAUUGUUGCCAUUCGAGUUUGUUAUGAGCGCAACGCCCACAUCGUUUGGGGCUCCAAGAAUGGCGGCACAGGAGCCUUCAAGACCGACAAGAUUGUUUUUGAUUAUCCAUCGGAGAUGUUGACCCAUGUGACGGGCUAUAUUGGGCCUGCGAUGAUAAUGGGUCCAAACGUGAUGAAAUCGCUGACCUUCCACACCACAAAAGGCAAGUAUGGGCCCUACGGAGAGGAGGAAGGGGAGUUCUUCUCUACUAAGUUGCAGGAAGGAUCCAUGAUCGUCGGAUUUCAUGGACGGAGAGGAUUGUUUCUUGAUGCAAUCGGCGUUCACGUUCUAGAAGGCAAGAAGCAGCACAUGUACAUGUCUCCCACAACUAAUAGUAAUACCAAAACCUCUGCUUCAAACCAUGCCGCAUUGGUAGCUAAAAAGGCAGCCGAAUGGCCUUUCAAAUUUGGCAAGCGAGGACAAACCGAUGAGGUUGUGCAUCGAACAGUGAAGGAUCCAGCUCCAUACGGGCCGGGGCCGUGGGGCGGGGAAGGAGGGAAGCCGUGGGAUGAUGGAGUAUUCACAGGGAUCAAGCAGAUCAUUCUUACAAUAACAGAUGCAAUUAUCUGCAGCAUCGAAAUCGAGUAUGACCGAAAUGCACAAUCUGUGUGGUCUGUUAAGCACGGCGGCGAUGGGGGACAGACGGCAAAUCGGGUGAAGCUAGAUUGCCCGAACGAGGUGUUAACAUGCGUAAGUGGAUAUUACGGUGAGAUGAAGAAGGAGCAAUUGCAAGGAAGUAAAGUGAUCCAAUCAUUGACAUUUCACACAAGUAGACGGAAAUAUGGGCCUUUUGGUGAAGAAAGUGGCACGUAUUUCGCGUCGGGAACGACGGAGGGGAAGGUGGUGGGGUUUCACGGCAGGAGCAGCACGUAUCUGGACGCUAUCGGAGUACACAUGCAGCAUUGGUUGGGGAAUAGAAAAUCCUCCAAGCCUUCAUCACUUAUCAAAUAUUUUUCUUGAUUCACUUGUUAUUUUCUUCAGAUAUUGCUAUUUUAAUACACCUCAAUAUAUUGCCCUUUCCGAAGCUGUUGUUGGCAGAUUUGAACAACAAACAACAUUAUUAAAGAAAUUUGAUAUUGUUACAAGUA